AUGGAGUCACAUUCUGUCGAGCCUGGAGCUGGGAUAGCUACUAGUGCAGCAGAACUUAUCUGGAACAAAGCCGUCAUGAAUUUCCAUCUGACUGACAGUGAGAUCCUACUGCCUCUCAACAUCACAGCCAUUAUUGGGUCUUCGAAUAUUGAACGUCUCAAAUCACAACUAUCGAACUUUCUUCGCCGUCCUUGCGUGGCUUUCGUGGACGAGUCUUUGGGAUGCGUUCGAAUUCUCUCACGUCCUGAAUUCAAAGGCCUAGUAUCAGCCGCUGAUAACAUGGUGCUGGCUCAAACGUCAAAUAGAAAACAGUUUGUACUCAAUGGUCGUCCAGUCAGAUCUCCUGAAAAGAUGGACAAGAAGGCCGAAAAGCGCCCAAAGGUUCCUCGACCCCCUAAUGCCUUCAUUCUCUAUCGCAAGCAUUAUCACACGAUUCUCAAGGGACGAGAUCCUAACAUGCACAAUAAUGAUAUUUCUGUUACUGUAGGAUCGCAAUGGAAUAACGAGUCGGAAGAGGUCAAGUCUCACUUCAGGGCACUCGCUGCUGAGGCAAAGCGUCAACAUGCUCAAAAAUAUCCAAAUUAUCAGUACACCCCUCGCAAACCGUGUGAGAAAAAACGCCGAAACUCCCGCCGGGCGACUGAAACUUCCGAUCUCGAUGCGUUUACUGAAGAUGAAGAGGAGAUUUCCCUUCAAACUCCAUGCGAGUCUCCAGUGAAUCCCAGUCCCUCCACUGAGGUCAGCGGACAAGAUCAGGAUGAAUUCACAGAACAGACAAUGGAAGAACUGAUGUCCUUCGUCGCAGUUCCUUCUCCCCCUCCCGAAGCCUAUAGUUUCUCGGACUUUGAUGCUACUGAGUACAACAGCUGGGUCAACAAUGCCAAUACCGCACAACGAAUGGCAGCGGUCAUUCAAUACAACCUUCGGGCUCAGGCUCAGGCUCAUGUUCAAGCUCGAGCUCAGAAAUGCAAUGUAACCACAUUCUGA